AUGUGUGAUGCAUUGAAUUAUGUAGUGGGGACCGUUCUAGGACAAACAAAAGAGUCAAAACCCAUAGUAAUUUCAUAUGCUAGUAAAACUAUAUUUAAUGCUCAAUUAAAUUAUACCACGAUUGGAAAAGAGUCGUUCGUUGUAGUAUUUUUAUUAGAAAGGUUUAAAUCAUAUAUUUUGAGAGCUAAAAUUAUUCUUUAUACUGAUCAUGUAGUAUUAAAAUAUUUGUUAAAUAAGAAAGAUGCAAAGCCAUGUUUAUUAAGAUGUAUUUAUUGUUGUAAGAAUUUGACUUAGAAAUAAAAGAUAAAAAAGGUUUCGAGAAUGUUGUUUGCUGAUCAUCUUUUUAGAUUAAGUGAUACAAGAAUAAAUGUAGAACCUUUACAAGACACAUUUCUAGAUGAACAAUUCAUGGCAGCUCAACAUCAACCAUCACCAUGGUAUGCACAUAUUUUUAAUUUUCUGAUUUCUAGAAAAAUUCUAGAAUAGUGAGAUAAGAAUAGAAAACAUCAUUUCUUUUCUAAGAUUAGAAAUUAUUUUUGGCAUGAUCUUGAUUUAUAUUAGUUGGGCAAUGAUCAAAUUUUAAGGAGAUGUAUUCCUGAAGAAGAAUAUCAUAACAUUAUUAACAUGUGUCAUUCAUCUAACUGAGGAGGACAUUUCUUUGGAAAAAAAAUAG